AGUUGCGAAACGUUGCUCGAGUCUCGGAGAUGGCACUGCAGCUGCAAAUUGAGAAGCUCAAAGGUUUGGACAACUACAAGGCCUGGUCGAUGACGGUGCGGGCGUAUCUGGAGUCGGAGGAACUCUGGACGGUGGUGGAGAAUGGUCCCGAGAACAACGAGGAGUCCCUGCUAAAGGACAAGCGGGCCAAGUUCUUGAUUCUCUGCCUGAUCGAGACCAAGUUGUGCCAAUUCAUGGUCAGCAUCCGCACGGCUCGGGAUCUGUGGAAUUACUUGCGCACCCAGCAUUCGCUGCGUUAAAGUAGAAAUCAAUAUAGAUCAGUUUCAGUCCAUUGUAUUACAAAUAUAUGAAUUACACUUC